GAUCUCGGGACCGUAGCCGGCACCACGCUUGUGGAGCAGGCAGAGGGUGACUUUCUGUGUGUCUGUCGGUGCCUGUCUGUCUGUCUGCCUGUCACACAGCGCCAGCCUUGCAGGAGGAACCAAAGCCCGGGGAGCGCGUUUCCUCGGGAGCCGCUCCGCCGCCGCACGCAGCCAUGGCCGACACCGCCGCCCCGCCGCAGGUCGCAGCCCCGGCGGGCCCCGGCAUCAACCCGCUGGCCCGAAAGCUCAAUAAAAUCCUGGAGACACGGCUGGACAACGACAAGGAAAUGCUGGAAGCACUCAAGGCUCUCUCAACCUUUUUUGUUGAAAAUAGCUUGCGGACCCGAAGAAAUUUGCGUGGAGACAUUGAACGACGAAGCUUAGCCAUAAAUGAAGAAUUUGUCCACAUAUUCAAGCAAGUUAAAGAGGAGCUUGAGAGUAUAAAUGAAGAUGUUCAAGCGAUGAGCAGCUGCUGUGAAGAUAUGUCCAGUCGUUUAAAGGCAGCAAAGGAACAAACCCAGGACUUGAUAGUAAAAACAACAAAGCUCCAAGCAGAAAAUCAGCGACUAGAAAUGAAAGCACAAGUUGCAGAUGCAUUCAUAGCAAAAUUCCAGCUGACACCGGAUGAAAUGAACCUCCUUCGAGGCACAAAAGAUGAGCCAAUUACUGAGGAUUUUUUCAAGGCCUUAGGACGAGUAAAGCAAAUUCAUGAUGAUGUCAAGAUUCUCCUCCGGACAAAUCAGCAAAGGGCAGGGUUGGAAAUUAUGGAACAGAUGGCUUUACUGCAAGAGACGUCCUAUGAACGACUUUACAGAUGGACUCAAAAUGAGUGCAGGACUUUGACACAAGAGUCGUGUGACAUUUCUCCAGUUCUUGCUCAAGCCAUGGAAGCCUUACAAGAUAGACCUGUCCUGUAUAAGUACACUCUGGAUGAGUUCGGAACAGCUCGAAGGAGUGCUGUAGUCCGAGGCUUUAUAGAUGCUCUUACUAGAGGAGGUCUAGGAGGUACUCCCCGCCCUAUUGAAAUGCACUCCCACGAUCCUCUGAGGUAUGUCGGGGACAUGCUGGCCUGGCUGCAUCAAGCUACAGCAUCUGAAAAAGAACACCUAGAAGCUAUGCUAAAGCUUGUAACUAUUCAAGGUGUGGAAGAAAAUAUUCAAGAAGUAGUUGGGCACAUCACAGAAGGUGUCUGCAGACCUCUAAAGGUUAGAAUUGAGCAGGUGAUUGUUGCUGAGCCAGGAGCAGUUUUACUGUACAAGAUUUCCAAUCUUCUCAAGUUCUACCACCAUACAAUCAGUGGUAUUGUGGGAAACAGUGCAGCCACACUGUUGACAACAAUUGAAGAAAUGCAUUUGUUGAGUAAGAAGAUAUUCUUUAAUAGUCUGAGCCUUCAUGCAAGUAAACUCAUGGACAAGGUUGAACUCCCACCUCCUGAUCUGGGCCCAAGCUCUGCACUAAAUCAGACACUUAAUUUGCUACGCGAGGUUCUGGCAUCUCACGACUCAUCGGUUGUUCCAUUGGAUGCUCGUCAGGCUGACUUUGUGCAGGUUCUAUCUUGUGUGCUAGAUCCAUUGUUACAGAUGUGUACUAUGUCUGCCAGUAAUUUGGGCACAGCAGAUAUGGCAACCUUCAUGGUAAAUUCGCUUUAUAUGAUGAAGACUACUUUGGCUCUCUUUGAAUUCACUGACAAACGUCUAGAAAUGUUACAGUUUCAGAUUGAAGCUCAUUUAGAUACGCUCAUAAAUGAACAAGCUUCCUACGUCUUAACUAGAGCUGGUCUGAGUUACAUAUAUAACUCCGUGCAGCAACACAAACCAGAACAGGGUCCUCUUUCAAAUUUGCCAAGUUUGGAUUCCGUGUCCCUGAAGGUAGCGAUGGCUCAGUUUGAUCGCUAUCUGUCUGCUCCAGAUAGUCUGUUAAUGUCCCAGCUGAAUUUCCUUCUGAGUGCCACUGUGAAAGAGCAGAUAAUAAAGCAGUCAACAGAACUGGUCUGCAGAGCUUACAGUGAGAUAUAUGCAGCUGUGAUGGAUCCUUCAAAUAAGUAUAAGGAUCCAGAAACCAUACUACACAGAUCGCCUCAUCAAGUUCAGGCACUUCUCUCAUAGUCUUGCUUCACCCAGAUUUAUUUGAAUCCAUAAUUCUGUCUUUGAGUAUUUAAAUUGAGUUAUUUUUCUGUUUUGAAUUUUGAUGUAUAACUAUAUGCUUAAAAUAUGUAGGAAUGCAGUUUUGUUUAAUCUGUUUGGCAAAAGUCGAGUCUUUCCUGUGUCUUUGAAUGCCUUCUGUAGGCCAGAAAAUAGAAUAUAGAUUAAAAAUUAUUUUGAUGUAUUCCUCUAAUGGAAAUGGACCUUGACAAUAUGCAAUUUCUUUGAAAAAGAGUAAAGGAGAGAGAAGCCUUUUCUUUGCCAUGCAUAAUCCUUUUGACCAGAUGUUGAACCAGUGUCUCUUAUGACCUCACCAAUAUUUUUAUUUGCUCUUUUUCCCUGUGCUUUCACUCUUUUUCUCAGCCUAUCAUCAGUACACACUGAUACUGUUUCAUUUUAAUACAGCUGAUAUGCUUUGAAUGUCUGAAGUCUUUUGCAGCUCAUAAAUCAUUUUAGAAUAUUAAAUGUAUUUUUUCAAAGCUGUUGAUUAAAUCUUUGAAGCAAAAUUCAUAUAUAUAUGUAUGUGUAUAUAUAUAUAUAUAUAUAUAUAUAAAAUCCAUUGUUUUUGUUGCUACUCUGGUGGUUUUUUGUAAGAAAAAGGAAUACUUGAAUAAUUUGCAUGUACAUAACCUGGAACUUCAUGCUUUAAGUUAUUUUUAUAAUUUUAUUUUACUAGAAAGAUUUUUUUUAGUGCAGUUGUUCUGUAGCAAUCCUUUUAUCAGUUGAAGCGUGCAGAUCUCUUAAGGUUGGGACCAGUAACAGUGUAGGUUAGGAAGAUCAUUUGCACAGCGGUGUGGCCAUUAGUUAUUUGCAUGCAUCAAGGGGGAGAUGAGCAGUCAUUCAUAUUGAAUCAGUUAUAUACCUAAGAUGGAUGCUUUUAUUAAUAACUAUAUUCCCCAUAUAAAACGUAUGCUUAGUGGCAGUCAAGUCUGCACGUUAGUGUAUGCUCGUGAAAUAGCACGAAAUAGAGAAUAGCAGCAACAAUGCCUUUUAGUCUCCUGGAAAGCUCAUUGCACGAGUUAGAAAUUAGCUUUGGUGGCAAUACCACACUAUAAUAUCUUCUUUAUGGGCAUAAUUUGUUAGUAUAUUAUAAAAAGAUUUGAAAUUGCAAGUGUCCCUGGAGUUUGUGGAUCAGGCAUAAAUUCUUUUGUAAAUGUGGAUGUUAGGUUUAUUCUGUUCGAAUACACUAGAGCUGUAAGAGAAAAAAAAAUCUAGAAGCUUAGGAAAAUUGUAUUGGAAAAUUAUGCUUUUACUAGGUAACGCACUUAAAUUAUUCAGAGUUUGUGUUACCGUAGUAUAUAUUCAGAAGGCUGUUCAUUGUUGUUUAAUAAUGUUAAUAUUGCUUAAUAUGCCUGUAAUUAUUAUCUAAUAUGUGAGAAUUAAAUUAGUUGUGAAAGGGUUAUGAAUUAGCUUGUUAUUAGAUUAACAUACUCUUAAGAAUGAACUUUUUCCUCAAAUUACACUCAGCCUCCGUCUCAAGUAAUCAGUCAGUAGUUUGCAUGAGGAUUAGUAUGAAGUUGCUUCCUGUCUUUGAGUCCACCUAGAGACUUAUCCAUGAUUUUAUCUUCACUGAGCAAUAAUGCAAAAGCUAUAGAAGUUGUAACUUGUAAAAACUAAAAUCAAUCACUAAUUUUGGUCUGUGCAGUUAAAGUACAUGACAGAGGGUCACAAGUGAGCAAAUACAUCAAUAAAAGGCAUUUGAUGUACUGA